GUGUGUGUUUGUGUGUAAGAAAGCCGUACGACCGGCCGGUGCCUCGCGUCGUUCAGAAGAUGUAAACUCAUUCUAUAGACAGUCUAUCUUGUGAGUGGUCGCUCGCAAAAACGAUAUCGUCCUCAGCCGACGCACUCAGUUUGGAUAUUAAUAUCAGGAUAUAUCAGUGACAACUUCAAAUGCCGUUAUGACAUGAGGUGAUCGAUGACAUCUGUACGGAACGGAAAGAUCAUAUAUAUUUUGGAGAUUCUUUUCCUUCUUCACACACUUAUGUUUGAAUUGAGUCUCGACUAUAGGUAGCGGUGGGUGAGCUGAGUCGCCUCGUCGGUGAUCAUCAUGCCUCGCUUAGCAUCCUCUUCCAGCAGUACUACGACUCGUCUAUCGUCCAGGACUUCCCCGUUCGGACUCCCGCGCUUUCCUCGUCUCCGUCGUCACCCGGUCACCAUCGUCCGGACGGCGCUCCUCAUCGUAUUCAUCGCGCUUCCAGCUUAUGUAUUCCUUGUACUAAACGCACCCGGUAACGGCAUCGAUGUCGAUGGCGGGAAUAUUCAGUACGUGGUCGCCAGAGAUUCGAUCAUGCCAGAGAGACCUGUCGAGGCGCCAAUGCAUUUACACGUUAGAGAUGCAGAUUUAGAGGCAGGGGUAAUACAGGGGUUAAGGAGGGAAGCGUUACAGGUUGAACAGGGCAGAGACCAAAGUUCGGCCCUCGUCACUGUCAAGAAAGAGGAAAAGAUAGCACCAAGGAAAUGGAGAAUGUAUGGAUUUGUAAAUGCUUCCUACGUUGGCUGUUAUCCCGAUGCAAUACAACCGAAGAAGCGAACUCUAAAAGGAGCCUUUACUACUGAUCUUCGUAAAAUGACAAUCGAGACGUGCCUUCUAUACUGUACUAAAAGAAAUUUUCUAUAUGCGGGUCUUCAAUUCUACAGCGAAUGUUACUGCGGAUCAAAUCUGGAAAGUGAGAAGAUGAACAACGACUCCUUAUGCAAUCUGGAAUGUUCUGGAAAUAAAAGUCAGAUCUGUGGUGGCGCUCCAUACCUGUCGGUCUACCGGCUGAAGAAUGAUCCUGGCCGAGCCCCAAACGUUGUGUCGCAGCCACGCCCAGCAGGACAAGAGGAGGGUCCAAUGAAAGGUUUUCGAGAUGGAUAUCGGAGCUGUGCGGAAAGACCAGACGAUUACACUUCCUUCACCAAAUUCAUGGAAGAAAGUGAUAAAAUGACAACUUCUAUUUGUAUUACGAUUUGCGAAAAACAAUCUCUGCCUCUUGCAGCAUUAUUUCGCGGAUCCCAAUGUCACUGCGGCUACCUCACACAUAACUACACCCUUCGUCACACGGUGGAGCCCAGCGAAUGCCAGGAGCCUUGCGCAGGUGAUUCCAGUGUCUUCUGUGGCGGGACAAACUACUAUGCAAUCUACCAAACAGGCGUCGAAGAUUCACGAUGUACCAACAUAGUGAUGGGGAAGGAGCGAACGUUUCCGCUGAUAACUCUAGCAAGUUUUCCUGGAUCAGGCAACACAUGGGUCCGGUAUCUAGUGGAGAGGGCUACGGGUAUCUUUACCGGCAGCUACUACGACGAUGGGGACCUCUACAGAAAAGGUUUUCUUGGUGAGAGGGAGAACUGGAGAAAAGGCAACACGAUAGCAGUGAAGACACAUCGCUUUGACGAAGAGCAUAUCUCAUCGUUUGAUGGCGCUAUACUCAUCAUCAGGAACCCUUACAAAGCCAUCAUGUCUGAACAUAAUCGAAAGUUUGGCGGUCACACUGGAUUCGCCAACGAGAAGCACUAUACACAGGGAACAGAAUGGAUCGACUUCGUGGCUGGUAAGUCACGGACCUGGACCAACACAGCCUUGAACAUCCUCCAAUACAGCAAGAAGAUCCUAGUCAUCCAUUACGAGGACCUCCGAAACGACCCGUUCGAAUCGCUCAACAAGAUGGUCCAGUUCCUGGGUCAGCCGCCCAACGAAGAACGGAUCCUCUGUACGCUGAGCUCACCGGACGGCAAGUUUAAACGACGAGAGAGUACCCGGCAGAAACUCAGCUUCGACCCGUAUACGGACGAGAUGAGAGAGGUCCUGUCACUCUAUAUCAAGAGCGUGGAGAUGGCGCUAAAACUGAAAAACCAAAGUGCAUUGCCGAAAGACUACAACCCCCAUCUUAAAUUAUGACACUGAUGGGAAUAAAGAGCGGGAAAUUACAAGGUGUUAAAAAUCUAAGCCAUAGUUAAAAACCUCCAAUCGACUACGGGCAGACUAAAGAGAAAAUAAGAGACAACAAAAUACAUAUCAAAGUAUGGGCAAAAACAUGGAACUCUACUUUCUUUUGGUCUUUACUUUAAAGAAGAAACCGCAUUGAAUCUUGUUACCCUUAUUAAGUGUGUAUUUACUUGUUGGGCCUCUUUGGCCGCCCAUAGUAAAUUGAUGGUUGAGACCACGGUUUAUGUUCAAAUUUUAUUUUGUGAAUUCCAGCCGGGGUGCUGUUGUACUAUUGCAAGCAAACAUGUCUUUCUAUAGUCAUUUACAGAUUUUAUCAUAACAAGUUAUUUCUAUAUGUGGUGAUAGGAGUGAAGCAAAAUGACCUGGGCCCCAUUUCACAAAACUUGUCGUCAAUGAAAAAUGACAGUUAUUGUUAUGAGCUAGUGAAUUCCUUGCUUCUGAAUGGUUAUCAGCAGAUUUGUCAUUGACAAAUGGCUUUGUGAAACGGGUCCUUGGUUUAGUUCAGAGGAUGCAAUGAUUGUAUUUGUAUGUGUUUUACUUGAGAAUAAAUAAUUCGAUUCAUUGUGCACGGUCAUCAAAUCUAUGCUAAUUCUGAUCUGUAUUCAAUGAAAAUAAACUUGGCGUUAUGAAAUCAAUCUACAUUUAACCUUGGCUUACGUAAGCUGACUUUGUGAUGAAAACCUGGACCAAGUAUAUGCAUUCAAUAAGAUAGAUAAAAUGAAUUAUGUAAUGUGCAAUUAUUUUUAUUUUUCUUCAGUGAAUCUGCAUC